CUUUGCUUCUUUCUCACUCAAUGCCAACAACCUUUCUCCGCUUCAGUUUCUGUAAAACCCCUCUGUGCGUCUAAAACCCUAAACCCCUUCUUCCUUCAACCACAACCCAGACCUGUCAUCACCAAAUUCGAUCUGUUUCUUGAAUCCUGACGGAAUUGCCGUAUUACUGUAUUUCUGGGUUUUAUUCGCUUCUUCGUCAGUGAUGGCUGCCAAAAUUCUUGCCAAUGUGAUUGUAUUGGGCUCGGCAGUGUUGGGCAGGGCUUUCGUCCAAGCAUACCGUCAGGCACUCUCAAAUGCUUCAAAGUCUGGUGUUGCUCGGGAAGCAGUACAGAAUAUCAGAAGAGCAAGCAAAUCUAUGGCUGAACCAGAGGCAAGGCAGGUUCUAGGUGUCACAGAGCAUGCAUCAUGGGAGGAGAUCUCGCAGAGGUACGACAGCUUGUUCAAGCAGAAUGCCACAAAGGGAAGCUUUUAUCUUCAGUCAAAGGUCCAUAGAGCUAAAGAAUGCUUAGAAGGCGCUUAUGCGAAGAAGGCUCAGGGGACUACGGAUGCAUAACUUGUAAGGUCAUAAUAUAAUAUGUUUCGCUUCUGUUCGGCGUUCAGCGUUCGCACGGCUGCUGUAUUUGUUCGAUCUCCACGAGUAUUUCCCCGCUUAUUGUACCAAUUGUUCCUUUGUUAUUAUGUUGUCAUAUUCUGGCAUUGGUGGAAAUAUAUACCUUUCAGUGUUAUGGGGAUCCUUUGUCUCA